AGUCAUUGUCGAGGGUAAACAAGUGACCGUCGGCUACUCUGUGAAUCUCAGUCAGACAUUACAGUAAAGAAGCUACGUGAGACCCACCGUGGUUAUUCGUCUCGAGGCAACGAAUACAAUCCGCAAAGUCAGUUAAAACACAGCCUCGAAGAUAAGAUUGACCAUGGCACCAUCUCAGCUGCAAGUCGCCAUCUCCUCGUUGAAGCGCCUGCUCAAGGAAGAAGCUUCGUACUACAAGGAGCAAGAGCACCAGGAGACUCGCAUAGCCAAGCUGGAGAAGGACGAGACUGACGAGGAUGGGAACCGCGAGUUCACGCUGAAGCAAGAGCGUCAAGCCUUGGAAGAAACCAAGAAAGUCAUUCCUACUCUGCGUGAGCGCAUCACCAGCGCCAGAGAGAAACUGGAGAAUAUGCUGGAUAUGGCAGGCAAUGACGAGGAACGAAACGCUGCCGUGGAAGUCUUGAAGACGGCCAAGGAGCAGCAAAAGGACGAUCCCAUUUCCGGGGUGUCGACGUAAAAGUCGCGAGAACCAACGGACCGUAUUGAUGUCUUCAUAUACAAAAUAAAAUACCAAGGAGCGAUGACCCUCGAAAGAGUUUGCAGCAAAGCUUUCACAGAGCAAUCGUUUGCUGUUGCCAACGGGAGCGGUUUCUCCUUCUGCGAAUGUCUGAGGGUGCGAACGUACCCGCAGAUGUGGCUCAAAUAGCCAGCCAUACUCGCUUCCGGCAAGAUUUCAACCCUAC